AUGGCAUACUAUGGGAAGCGACUAGACCACACCUACUUCAAGCGUGCACUGGCUAUCAUCGACCGAAAUUGGAUUGAUUUUCUCAUGGAACAAGAAAUAAUGACGUCAGAUGAGAGAGUUAUGAAGCUUCUACGAUUCACACGACUGAACAGAAGCGAAAAGGAGGAGCUGCUAGAAUCCAUCAACACGGCUGAAACAACAGAAGAGAAAUGGAAUAAAGUAGAGGAACGAUUAAACAACGGGGACGUGAUUGACGUGAACAGCUUGAAAGUGAUUAAAUUGAAAGUGCUUCUCCCCGAGAUCGAUGAGGCGAGUGGUUAUCUUAUACUUCGCAUGUCCGAUCUCAAAACAUUACUAGAUGAAAUUGCAAGUGCGACAGCGGAAACCUGCUACGACUUCUUUGCGGCGAAAAUUAAGUCGGCGGUAUCACGCGAAACACAUAUUCAUCAGUACAAUGUGAUGAUGAUGCUAAUGCAAAAAAUGAUAACGUUCCUGAAUGGAAGCAUCUGUUUUUCCGGUCAUGACGAUAGCAUGCAGAAGUUCACGAUCUGCGAACUCGACAAAGAAGUGCUUCACACUUACAAGAACUCAAACAAUCUGCAGCGGACUUUUGAACUAACAAACCCACGUCGACUGAUUUGGGUUAUGGAAACAGCGCCGCUGGGCGGUUAUGUCUAUUUCAAAGUCAGCGAGAUUUCAGCGGAUAGAGUCUCCGUGGUGCUUGGAGUCCGAGUAAUUGGCAAGAACAGAUUCCAGCUAUCGACUAAUUGCAAACAAGAGAUUAUGAAGAUAACCUGGGACGAUAACGAAGUCGACGAAUCGCCGAUGAACAUCGAAAAUGGAGCCGACAAACGCUGUUUCACAAAUUUACAACAAUUGACGACGUUUGCAAAGAACAGCGAAGCGUGUAGCCUUGUUGCUGUGCGAAUUGAAGAAGAUAUUCCACUUCAAAUUACCGUCGAUUUCGAUUCUUACCAGGUCAUUGCGCAAUUCAAACUCCGUCCUGAACCAAUGAAUACUGGAUUUCGAGUUGUUGACCCGAAUAACAUGGAGGAUGAUCAUUUAAUGUUGAUCCAGCACUUCGAAGAUGAAACGGCCUUUCGCAUGCAUUCACCUUAUGCAAAAGAAAACAGGGAUAGUAGCGGCGACAACGAUAGUCAAAGUGCAUCGGAAAAUAGCGACGUCCCGAUGGACGAAAACAACACGGAGAAUGCAACUACGGCGAGUUGCGAAGAGCCCAAAGACUCUUCAAAAGAAGAUCCUCAGGAAAAAGUGGAAACGAAUGAACAGUCAGAUGAGCAAAGAAUCGAGACGGCGAAAGGACAGCAUCAUGAUGAGCCACAGUCGGAGAAAGCAGAUGUUGUCGACGAGCAAGAAAACAAAGCCGAGUGUCAGCACACUCCAAUGAAAAUCGAUCACAAGAGCGAUGUUCCGUCGUGCGAGAAAAAAGCGAGCAACGAAGACAACGUCAGCGUUGUUUCAAUGGCGGACACAAACGAUAGCGAUCCCGACACAUUUGACAGUCCUCUAAACUCUGACUUCGAGUUUGAAUCGCCAAACCGCUCCCCCUCUACUUCAGCAGACUAA